AUGAAGUUUCUCCCUCUCCCGGAGUUUGAGGAUGUCACAAGUUCUCUGAACUUCGAUACCGCCGACUGCCAUAUCGUGGGUGGAUGUGAUCUGUACACGACCAAGGCUGCGCGAUCCGACAGGAAGCUCUACAACCACAUCGAACAAUCGCUCGAAGCCCAGUAUGAAUCCAUUCUUCGACUCUCUGCCUCUUUAUCUCCGCCGAAUGCCCACGAGGCCGCCGAAACCCUGAACCUAUCGCGCUCCAGUCCCUUCGGGCCCCUGAGUGAGCACUCGAGUCGUCGCACCUUUGCAUAUCUCAUUGCAACGCUCAAUGCGAGCCAUUCCGACUACGACUUCUCACAUGUGCUGCGACCGACCGACUUCCGACGCGAGCGGCAUCCGAAGCGCGUGAUGAAUACGAUAAAUUCAACCCUGUAUAACCUGCGACCCCGCGAGUCCAUCGAUCUCUCUCCCUCAUCUCCUGCAACCCUAUCGGGGUCAUACAAUAGCAGCACCCCUGCCUGGGGCCCGAGGAUGUGGAAGAUCAUGGAUGAGCACAUGUCGCUCAAGGAAUGCUCGGUUUACUCGUACUCCCCGGAGGAGGAUCCAGCCGACGCUGACGACGGAGCCAUCUGGAGUCUGCAUUACUUCUGGUUCAACCCUCUACGGAAGCGCGUGUGCUAUAUCUACUUGCGUGCAAUCCCAAUCCUGAGCCAUUCACCCCCGGAGGAUAGUGAGAUGGCCCUGACGCCUACCGGCAAGCGGGCGUUCGACGAUGGAUAUUUGACUCCCGAUCUCAGUUCCAGCAAGCGUGCCCGCUACUGGCUUGGAAGUCGGGCGGCGUCCUCGCUCCGUCACGAGGAAAGCGACGAUGAUGAUAUAGACGACCAGCCAUCACGCCCUGUGAUCGAUGACGAGGACCAAUUCAUGCUCAGCGACGAGGAGAUCCGGUCGCGCUCACACAGUAAGGGGAUGGUGAGGGCAAUGAGUGAGGAGAUUGCGGAUGCCAUGGAGGUUUAA